AUGUUGAUCGCAAUAAUUCCAAGACUCAUUUAUGAUGUCACUUUGUUCAUCCCAAUUUUUGCACAAAGCGUAAUGAUUAACUUUGGUACCAAAUGGAACGACAUCGAGAAUUCAGAGUCUUCAUGGACUAACGAACAAGUUGCUGAGUCGUUGUCAUGGCAAUAUCAGAAAUGGACUGGUGCGAUGUUUGGUUUAUUUGUGGCGAUUAUUGCACUUACAUCUUCUGUGUGUGGACAUUAUUUCACUUAUAUUACCACUGUUAAUAUUCGCGAUGAAUGCAAAAUCGCAAUCCACGACGCCACAUGGCCAGAUCUUAAAUAUGAUGAUGUUGAUGCAAACUAUAUGAAUGAUAUGUGCUCACAAGUUUAUUCGUUGUGGUCGUGUACUUUGGAAGUUAUUUUGUCGUUGAUAUGGCUCUUUUACUUGGUUCAAUGGAGUGCAUGCGCUGGACUUUUAGUGAUGUUAAUUUCAGUAUUUUUAAACAUUGUAAUAGCCAAACUCACUGUUAACCAAAUGAAGCAGUUGAUGAUUAUUAAAGAUACCCGUGUGAAGCUCAUGACAGAAGUAUUGAAUGCGAUUAAGACAGUGAAAGUGAUGGUAUGGGAAAGACACUUGCAUGGUCAGUUACACGACACAAGAAAGAAAGAAGUCAAAAGAAUCUUGUGGGUCAUUGCUUUUAGAAGUUGCAUGAACUUCAUAGUCUGGGCAAUUCCAACAACAGUUUUUUUUUGUUACUUAUUUAUUCCGAUUAUUAUCUAA